AUGCCGUCGACGCCGUCCUCCCACCUCUGGUUCCAGACGUCCUUGAUCUACAGUUCACAAAUCUCUGCACGUCUAGGAUGUCAGGUCUACCUCAAGCUCGAGACGUUGCAGCCAUCUCAGUCGUUCAAAUACCGUGGCAUCUCCCUCUUUGCACAGAACGCCAUCGCCCUGCACGGACGGGAAACGCAUCUCGUCGCUGCGAGCGGGGGGAACGCGGGCUUGGCAGUGGCAUACGCGGCUAGACACUUGAACGUCAAAUGCACGAUCUUCAUCCCAGAGGCAGCGAAGAGCGUUAAGCCAGUGCUGGAGAGGGAGAAGGCAGUCGUUGUCGUCGGAGGGGAGGCAUACGUAGAUGCACUGAGAGAGGCAGAGAAGCUCGUCGCUAGCUCUCCUGAUGCGGUAAUGGUUCCCGCAUAUGACGAUCCCCUUCUCUGGCGGGGCCAUAGCACCAUGAUCACGGAGCUCACCUCUCAACUCCCGGCUAACACCCCACCUCCAAGUGCCAUCCUCUGCUCGGUCGGUGGUGGUGGGCUUCUAGGCGGUUUGCUCACUGGUGUCAACUCGCUCGGCUGGAGGGAUACGACCGUCGUCGCUCUCGAGACGGAGGGGAGUAACUGUUUCCACCAGAGCAUGCUGCAGAAUGACCGGUUUUGUGCUGUUGCACAACGCCCAGCGCUUCCGGACGGAGUGACAGUGCGGUCAGAGGAGGAGGGAGUGAGGCUCGUGACCCUGCCGAGGAUCAUGAGCCGCGCUGCGAGCUUGGGAGCCAGCAGCCCCAGUGCAGGUGUGGUGAAGAUGGCUUUGGAAUGGAGGAACGUCAGAUGUGUGACCGUGCGAGACGAAAUGAGUAUGGGUGCGGGGCUGCUGUUCCUUGAGGAGCACAAGAUGCUCAUCGAGCUAGCGUGCUCGACAACCCUUGUCCCUGCCUAUUCCAAACCGCUAUUUGACGCCAUCCUCCCCCCAGCAUCAGGACAAGACCCCUCCAAGCGCACGGUCGUCUUCAUCGUCUGCGGUGGUGUCAAGAUCUCACUGCACGAAAUAGAGGAAUACGAGAAGUUAGUGCAUGCGGAUACAAAGGGGAGCGAGGCGCUCAUAGACGGACAACGAUGGGUGCAUCCUGUCGGCCUCUAG